GGUCCCCAUAUUUAGCUAACAAACCCGUAACUACAAAAACCGCUCGCUGAUCCGCAUUGCCCACCUUCGCUACCUAAGCCUUGGCAGAGUGCCUUGGCUCCCUCCCUCCUUCCUCACCAACAAAAUCUAACACGCUCUGACUCUCGCCUACAAUCUCGCUUAAGAAAAGACUUGAGAGAACUUUGUUCUUCUCUUUAGCUCUGCGUUUUUUUUUUUGUGCUUUUAGCUUCAAUGGAGGGAGAUUCUAGCAGAGUAAGAGAGAAGGAAGUUGAUGAUGCAGAAGGGAUCAAGGAUGGAAACGAGAACAGCAAUAACAAGAAGAAGCAGAAGCAGAGGCAGAAGAAGAAGAAGAAGAGAAGAUCGUCGAGUUUGGUGAGAUUUGGAUGCUUGAGAAUGGAAUCUGAUGAGAACGGAGGUGUUGACAUGGAAGUCGAGUUUCCAGGAGACCGUAAUGAUCCUACUCAUCUAGUUAUCAUGGUUAACGGCAUCAUAGGCAGUGCUCAGAAUUGGAGAUACGCAGCAAAGCAGUUUUUGAAGAAGUAUCCGGAAGAUGUUAUUGUUCACUGCAGUGAACGCAAUUCUUCAAUGUUGACAUUCGAUGGCGUCGAUGUAAUGGGCGACAGAUUAGCAGAGGAGGUUAAACAUGUCAGAAGCCGUCACCCAAGUGUUAAGAAGAUAUCUUUUGUCGGUCAUUCAUUAGGUGGCCUUGUAGCAAGGUAUGCCAUUGCGCGGCUUUAUGAACAAGAUCUCACUCGAGAACUUUCUCAAACAAAUGGAGAUUGUGGAACUGAUCAUUUGGGAGAUUCAUGCCCUGAAAACAAAUUCAAAGGCAAAAUUGCUGGACUAGAGCCUAUUAAUUUCAUAACAUUUGCAAGUCCACACCUCGGUUCUCGGUGGCACAAACAGAUUCCAUUGUUAUGUGGCUCCCAUGCACUGGAAAGAGUUGCUGCUCGCACAUCAUGGUUUCUUGGUAGAACUGGGAAACAUUUGUUUUUGACUGAUGGAAAGGAGGGAAAACCUCCUCUUCUUCUCCAGAUGGUUCGCGAUUGUGAAGAUCUUAAAUUUAUGUCUGCUCUGCAGUCCUUCAGGCGUCGUGUUCUGUAUGCAAAUGCAAGUUUCGACCGUAUCCUUUUACUAUAUAUUGUUGGAUGGAGUACCUCUUCCUUACGGCGUCGAAAUGAGCUUCCAAAGAUUAAACAUCUUCCAAGAGGUGACAAAUACCCGCAUGUUGUAAAUGUGGAGACAGCAAAAACUGCUACUCUUGAUGAAGUCCCUUCAGAGGCCAAAGUCAAUGGACAAGAGAAGAUAAACAUGGAAGUUAAAAACAGGCUGGGAGGCAUGAUAGGUCUACCUUGGUUACGGCCCAAUGUUUGAGGAAAUUCUACAAAAUGUAUAAUCCACAUUAGUUGUGGAGAGGAGUUGAAGGUGUUCAAAUGGUGAACGUGAUUCUUUCAAGCGUCAUUGACUGUGAUUACUAUUUAUUCUCCGCCUCUUCAAUGGAUCACCGAUACUUGCUAAAUUGUCAAACACAUGACUCUGUGAUUUCUUAUAAGCUAGUUGAAAAGGCAAGAUGGAAGGAGAAAAAGACUUUCUUUUUCCUUGAUUUGGUUGUUUGUUAAUCACUGGGCAAAGAAACAUUUCUAAAUGAAAGAGGGGAUGAAAUUGUCAAACCAUUUCUGAUUUACCUUUGGCAUUUAAAGUACAUAUUUAAAUUCAUUUCUAAACAUCUGAUUACUUUUAAUUUUUCUCAACUUGGCACUUUUGUUGUUAGAGGAUGCAAUAUCUCUCAUUUCAUCCAUUACGUAUUUAAAGCUACGACUAGAGGAUAAUAGUUAAAUAACUAGUUAUUGCCCAGUUGAUCAC